CACGGGUCGGUACUUAUCAACCCAUCGCUUCGCAGCGUGGCGGCCAUUAUUAGUCCUCCGACACCCUUGGCCGUGGUACGCGCCCAAGUCUGUCUUUUCGCUGUUCAGUAGAGGCGCACAGGCUCCACAAUGGCCGGUACCUUGCAAUUCACACCGGUUGAGGAUAUACCAAGGAUCCGAAAUGAGCUGGGAGUCGCCUUCAAUUCAGGGAGAACGAGAUCUAUCGCAUAUCGCAAACAGCAGCUCCUGCAAUUAUGUUACCUCGUUGAAGACAACCAGGAGUGUAUCCGGCAGGUGAUCUCCUCGGACCUUGGACGGCCGCAUGAUGAAACAGACGUCCUUGAGUGGAGCGGGACUCUACUCGAGAUCAAGGACGCCUAUGACAGUGUUGAAAAAUGGUCCGCGCCGCAAAAGUCUCCGUUCUCUCUCCUAUGGUUCUCGUUGUCUCCGGUGACAAGGAAGGAGCCCAAGGGCGUCGUCCUCAUAAUAAGCCCAUUCAAUUAUCCUUUCUUCCUCACUUUGACCCCGUUGGCGGCUGCGAUCGCAGCGGGCAAUACGGUGAUGCUGAAGCCUUCGGAAUUAACUCCUGCGUCAGCCACCUUUCUCGCUGAGGUCAUCCCAAAGUAUCUGGACCAUGACUUGGUCCGGGUCGUCAAUGGCGGUGUGCCUGAAACCACAAAGAUCCUCGAGCUCCGUUUCAACCACAUUCUUUAUACAGGCAAUAACCGCGUCGCGAAGAUCGUAUGUAUGGCCGCAGCUAAACAUCUCACGCCUGUGACUCUAGAGCUUGGAGGAAAGAGCCCUUGUGUUAUAGAUCCGAAAUGCAACGCCAAAGUCGCAGCAAAGCGCAUCAUGUGGGGAAAACUUGUUAACUGUGGCCAGGUGUGCUUGUGUCCUGACUACGUUUUGGUGCCGGAGUCGUUCCAGGAUGAAUUCGUAGAGGCUCUAAAGAACGCGUACAACGAGCUUCACCCCACCGAUCCGAAGCAGUCAGGCAUGCUAGGCCGCAUCGUCAACGAGCGCCACGUCGAACGUCUGAAGAACCUGCUCGACAACACCAAGGGCACUAUCGUCUUCGGUGGGGAAACCGACAAGGACGCCAGAUACGUCGCGCCGACUCUCAUCAGAGAUGUGAAGCGUGACGAUUCGCUCAUGAGCGAGGAGAUAUUCGGCCCGUUGCUACCAGUCGUGCCUGUUAAGGACGUCGACGAGGCGAUCGCCUUCGUGAAUAGCAUGGAUGAAGCACUGAAUGUCUACAUCUUCUCGAAUGACAAGAAGUUCAAGAGCAAAGUUAUGGACAACACCCGGAGUGGCACAGCAUCUGUGAAUGAGACGAUCCUACACGUCAUGGCUAACGACGCACCCUUCGGAGGAUUCGGUGCCAGCGGUUACGGCUACUCGACUGGGAAAGCGGCCUUCGACGAAUUCACUCACUUCAGGUGUACGGUGGACAAUCCAAACUGGGUCGAGUACACUCCCAUGUCGGCACGGUAUACGCCCUACAACCCGACUUCGCUGCAACGCUUGGUCAAGUUCUUGCAUCCCAGCCUUCCGCCGCGGAACGGAGGGAGCUCCGCUAUGACAAAGCUCUGGUAUGUGGUCGGUUUGGCCGUCGCCGGAGCUGUAUGCGCAUCACUGGCUGUCAUUUUCUUGUAGGCGGAGCGAGUGAGGAUCGAGGACUCAGCGCUGUUCGGUAUGUAUCUCGUGGUCUUACUUAUCGAGUCGGGCUAGUGUGCGUUCGCGCUAUCGUUUUAUUGUGCAGGGAUGCUGUGCGCCCAUAUUUUACAGUCGUUAAGCAGUUUUUGUAUGGCAAGGGAAGCGUUCACAUCCACCAUCUCUGUUGAAUAGGAAACGGCCCGCACCAACUGGUCCGGUGUUCGCGAUCUAUGUGGCACAAGCGGCACUCUUUCACAGCACGAGUGGCCGAAGAUGCCGGGAGCUUCGGCUACUAUUGCUAGAGCUGCACAAACAUAUAUCAUUAGCUAAAGCUAAGACUCGCGUGCCGGCGACUCGCUUUUGCUUUAGUGAAG